GAUAUCAUGGUGACAACUGUUAUAGCUAAUAUCGGUGCUAUUCUAGGUGCUGGCUUAUUUUUGCCUAUAAUAGCUAUUCCUGUUAAUAAACAGCUUGUGACUUUUGGAGCAUUUGUUAUUUAUUUCUUUGUUCAGGGUGCCUAUGGUGUUGUACCUGCUUAUUUGGAUGAGUUGUCACCACCAGCUAUUCGAGGGACACUUCCAGGACUGACUUAUCAAUUGGGUAACUUGAUAGCUGCUUCAGCAGCUCAAAUUGAAGCGUUAUUGGGUGAAGCGUUUCCUAAAAAUGGUGUGCCCGAUUAUGGACUGACUAUGGCAGUUUUUUCUGCAUGCGCUAUGUUUGGCAAAAUUGUAUUAAUUUCCACUGGAUGUGAUAAUAGAAAUGUGGAUUUCAUGAAGCAAGCAGAAAUUAGAUUUGAAGAAAACCGAA